AUGGUUGCCCGUCUGAGCCUACAAUGGGCUCUCCUGGCGUGUCUGGGUCGGAUUGUCUCUUCGCAGCCUGCCAGCGUCGAUCUUCCCUACACUUUGGAACACCCUUAUGAGCAGCCGGCCAAGGGCAAUGGGCUCGCUAUUGAGAAACCGAACAUGAUUAUCUUCAUGCCAGACCAAUUGAGAUACGACUCUGUGGGAAUAUUCGGGAGCGACGUGAGUCUUCGUAGCUUCAAGUCCACAAGAGCCGGCUUUCGUUCCGCUAGCGGAUUGCUGAUGUACAAGGAACGAAAGAUCGUCCAGACUCCGAAUAUCGAUGCUUUUGCAAGAGAAGGUGUCCGUUUCACCAACGCCUUCGCUCAGGCUUCAGUGUGCUCCCAGUCGAGAUGCUCCAUGGAAGUUCUGAAGUUCACGGGCCAAUAUCCGCAUGUGAGCGGCCAUCGUACGCUGAACAACCUGCUCAAGCCUCAUGAGCAGAACGUUUUUCGCUCUCUGAAGGAUGGGGGGUAUCACGUUGCCUACCUCGCGCCACGGGGUGACCUAUUUGCAGAAAAUGCCACGGAGCUGAGCGUCAGCGAAUACGGCUAUCUUGAAGUUGAUGACCUGCAGUCAAGGUUUGCACCCGGGACUGCUCGCAGUCUUGACGAGAUCGCAGAUGAUAACCUCGAUGUUUCGGACCCCUUGUUCCACCUCCUCAACAAGAGAGGCAGCUACAACACCACUGAUUUGAACAACAUUUGGAAUCGCGUCUACUACCAAGGUCUGCGCAACGAAACCGAGACUUACAACUCGUAUGACGCAUCUCUACUACGGGGGGCAUUGAAGUGGCUUGAAAAUCCACCGGCAGAUCAGCCUUGGGUACUUUUCCUGCCGCUCUUGUUUCCACAUUGUCCCUUCACCGUGGAAGAGCCUUAUUUCUCCAUGUAUAACCGGUCAGAAAUGCCACUCCCUAUCAGCAGGGGUGAGAUGACUGGACACAUGCCCCGCUACAUGGACAGCAUUAUCGAGGCAGCCGGUCUUGAUCGCGCUACCGACGACACCUGGCGAGAGGUCAAGGCGACCUACUACGGUAUGAUCACAAAGCUGGACAAUCAGUUCGGACAGGUCGUCAAUAAAACGAAAGAGCUUGGUCUCUGGGAUGAUACUGUCACCUUCUUUUUCACAGACCACGGCGAAUGGCUCGGCGACUAUGGCCUAAUCGAGAAGUGGCCCUCCGGACUAUCCAACUCGCUCACCCACGACCCUCUCAUCAUCGGCGGCGCAGGCAUCCCCAAGGACAAGGUGUUUGACGGCAUGGCCGAGAUGGUCGACCUUGUGCCGACCAUGCUGCAGUUGGCGACCAUUAACGAGACGUACAUGCACUUCGGGCAAUCGUGGGUCGACGGGAUCCACGAGCUCGGGCGCAGCGGGAACAGCAGCAGCAGCAGCUUCACAUGGAACAGGACCUACUCUUUCACAGAGGGCGGGUUCCUGACGAGCGAGGAGCCACUGCUGGAGCAGGCGGCGUUCCCCUACGACAUUAAGGCGGGCCUGCAGCACAAUGAGACUACGCUGGUGGGCAUGGCGACCUCGAUGCGCAGCAAGGAGUGGACGUACAUUUAUCGUAUUUACGAGGCUGAUGAGCUCUACUCGCGCCGCGACGACCCGGGCGAGCGGCACAACCUCGCGGAUGAGCCCGAGUAUCAGGACAUCAAGGCACAGCUGAAGGGGGACUUGUUAAAGUGGAUCCUGUCAACGAGCGAUGUUAUUCCGUGGUAUAUGGACGAUCGCUCGCCGCCUGUCAACCUUCCCAGCCCAGCGGAGCAGUAUCAGGCUAGGUUGGGAGGUAAAUCAUAA